AUGUCGGCUCAAUACGUUGAAGACGUAAAGAAUCCUAAUGAAAAGGUUCAGAUCGAACCUUUAGGUAAGAAAGGUACUGAUUCUUCAUCACUUAAUUCUUAUGCUGUUGAUGAUUAUGUUUCUAAAUUUUUAGAUAUGUCAAAUGAAGCUAAAGAUAAUGAUCAUAAAGAAAAAACUAUGAAAUUAAGAGAAGGUAUUAAAACUUUCCCAAAAGCUGUCAUGUGGUCUCUUAUUCUUUCUUCUGCUUUAAUUAUGGAAGGUUAUGACACAAAUUUAUUAAAUUCUUUCUUUGGUUUCCCUGCUUUUAAUAAAAAGUUCGGUAAUUAUUACCCUGAAUUAGGUGAAUAUCAAGUUCCUGCAAGAUGGCAAACUGGUCUUAAUAUGGGUUAUAAUUGUGGUUGUAUCGUUGGUCUUGCUAUUGCUGGUUAUGUUGCUGAUGUUAUUGGUUAUAGAAAAACUAUGAUGAGUGCUUUGGCUACUUCUGUUGCUUUAAUUUUCCUUCAAUUCUUUUCUCCAAAUAGAGAAGUUUUAUUAUUAGCUUAUGUCUUAUUAGGUAUUAAUUGGGGUAGUUAUCAAACUUUAACUGUUACUUAUGCUUCGGAAGUGGCUCCGACAACCUUGCGUGUUUAUUUAACGACAUAUGUUAAUCUUUGUUGGGUGUUUGGGCAAUUACUUUCUUCAGGUAUUUUGAAAGCUAUGACUGGUUCAAAAAGUCCAAAUGCUUAUCGUAUUCCAUUUGCUAUUCAAUGGAUUUGGCCAAUUCCAAUCUUCAUUGGUGUUUUCUUUGCUCCUGAAUCUCCAUGGUAUUUAGUUAAAAAGGGUAGAGAUGCUGAAGCAAAACAAUCUCUUAAAAGAUUAUUGACUGAAAAUUCUCAUUUACCUGAUAAAGAAGUUUUAGCUACUGCUAUGUUAAAAAAGAUCCAAAUGACUGUUAAAGAAGAAGAAGCUGUUUCAACUGGUAUUACUUUCCGUGAUUGUUUCAGAGGUUCCAAUUUUAGAAGAACUAGAAUUGCUGCUUUCACUUGGAUGUUCCAAUCUUGUACUGGUUCAACCUUAAUGGGUUAUUCAACUUAUUUCUACAUUCAAGCUGGUUUAUCUACUAGUAUGUCAUUUACUUUCUCCAUUAUUCAAUAUAUCAUUGGUAUUAUCGGUACUGUUGGUUCAUGGUUUGUUUCUAAAAAAGUUGGUAGAUUUAAUAUGUAUUUCUUUGGUUUAUGUUUCCAAUCCAUUGUGUUAAUCAUUGUUGGUGGUUUAGGUUGUUCUUCUUCAACUAGUGCCAAAUGGGGUGUUGGUUCAUUACUUUUAAUCUAUACCUUUGUUUAUGAUUUAACUGUUGGUCCAAUGUGUUACUGUAUUGUGGCCGAAAUUCCAAAUUCAAGAUUAAGAACCAAGACUGUUAUGCUUGCUAGAAACUUAUAUAAUGUUUCUAACAUUAUUGUUGGUAUUGUUACUCCAUAUAUGUUAAACCCAACUCAAUGGAAUUGGAAAGCUAAGACUGGUUUCUUCUGGGCUGGAUUCUCCAUUACUGCUGCUAUCUGGUGUUACUUUGAUUUACCAGAAACUAAAGGUAGAACCUUUGCUGAAUUGGAUUUAUUAUUCGAAGAAGGUAUCAAAGCCAGAAAAUUCAAAUCUACCGAAGUUGAUGUGUUUAAUGCUGGUAAAUUAAUGGAAAGAUUUGGUGAAGAAAACAUCAAAGCCUUUGUCCAAGAAGCUGAAAUCACUGAAGAAAAGAUUAGAGCUUAG